AUGCCUCCAAUCAACGAUUCGGCCGUGGUUGAUUUCCAUCAUCCACUUUUCUUGAAUCCAUCAGAUACUCCAAGCACUCCACUCAUCUCUCAUCAAUUAGUUAGAUUGGAGAACUCUAAUAUUUGGAGCAGGUCGAUGCGAAUAACACUUUUGGCAAAGAACAAACUUGGCUUCGUUGAUGGUUCUUGCCAGAAAGACAGUUAUGGUCCUGACUUGCAUCCUCAGUGGGAGAGGUGUAAUGUAAUCGUGCUAUCCUGGAUUCUCAACGCUGUGAGUAAGGAGCACUCGACAGGCGUCGUCUUCGCUUCAAAUGCGGCUUCGGUUUGGGACGAUCUGAGGGAGCGCUUUGAUAAGGAUGAGUAUAUUGCUCUUGUGUUGAUUCCUUCCAGUGAGUGUGUGAAUUCGCAGCAGUACUCCAGGCAUAUUACUCAGCAGCAGCUUCUUCAGUUUAUCAUGGGCUUGAAUGAGACAUAUUCGUUGAUUCGAAGCCAAAUCCUGCUGAUGCAACCUCUUCCUUCGGUUAACCAGGCAUAUUCCAUGGUUGCUCAAGAGGAGUCUCAGCGAAUCCAGCUAUCUUUUAUGCCAAGUCUUGAUUCCUCGGUAUUUUAUUCCAAAGGUUCUGGGAUUCCCGAUCGUCGUCGGUUUCAAGUAGCUAUCUCUGAAUCUACUACUGUUCUUGAACCUGCUGUUGUGUAUGACCUUACUAAAGCCUCUGGAAAGUUGAGUAUUGUUGAUGGUAAUCUUCCUGCCUAUAAUAAAUCAUUGACUUGGAUUUUAGAUACAGGUGCCACAGAUCAUAUACUAUCUGAUUUUCAAUGCUUGUUGUCUCCUGUUUUAUGUUCCUCACGGUCCAUUCUACUACCAAAUGGUAAAACAGUCCUGGUCACAUAUAUUGGUUCUUUCUUCCUGAAUUCAAAUACAAACCUGUCUAAUGACCUCUCAAGUGGAAGGAUGAAGGGGAUUGGUAAGGAGUGUAGAGGACUUUAUUUUUUUCAGUCACCUGCUUUACCUACUGGUUUGUCGUCUACACAUAAUUCUUCAAAUGUGCAGUCUCCUGUUUUUUGCUCUAAUAUGUCUUGUGAUUCAAAAUUGUUUGAUUCUGGUCAUGUAUUCUUCAUCAAAGCUCAUGUGUUUAGACUCCCCAACAAAAUGGGGUUGUUGAACACAAACAUAGACAUAUUCUUGAAGUUGCAAGGGCUCUUAGGUUUCACUCAAAGAACUCCUUUCGAGGCUCUUUACCAUAAAUCUCCUGACCUCUCUCAUCUAAGGGUAUUUGGGUGUUUAUGUUAUGCUACCAAGCUUAACUAUAGAGACAAAUUCUCUCUUAAGGCUAUCCCUUGUGUUUUCAUGGGAUAUUCUUCAACUCAAAAUGGGUACAUUUUGUUUAGUCUUCAAUCACAACAGUUUCUUGUGAGUAGGGAUGUGGUGUUUCAUGAAGUAAAUUUUCCCUUUCAUUUUCCUGUUUCAGAAUCCUCUCCUUUUUUCCCUUCACAUUCUCAUAUUCCUGACUCUGAUUUUCUGAUUCUUGAUUCUUCACUACCUAUUGAUUCUUCUCAUAUUGAUAAUUCUUUAAAUCCUUUGCAUGAAGUUCCUAUUAUGUCACAUAUUGAUUCUUCCAGUUCUUCACUACCUCUUGGUUCUACACCUAUUCCAUUCAUUUCUCCAUCUGAUGCCUCAACAGGUGCAUCUGGUAGUCCAUUUGGCUCUUCAUCAAGUCCUUCUAAAGCUGAUAUUCCUCCUUUAGCACAUGAUUCAUUUGUGUCUAGGCGUUCCUCUCGUGUCUCCAAGCCUCCAACAUGGUUAAAUGAUUAUGUAAGUUCUUGCCAAUCCACUUCAUCCUCUACUAAUUACCUUGUUUCCAAGUACAUUUCUUACUCUCAUUUACCCUCACAUACUAAACAUUUUUUGGCUUCUAUUUCUCAUUCUCCUGAACCCACCACUUAUCAAGAAGCUUGUCAACAUCCGCAAUGGCAGAAGGCCAUGAGAGAGGAGAUUCAAACAUUGGAGUUAAAUAAUACUUGGACUGUGGUACCUUUACCUUCUGGUAAAAUUCCCAUUGGCUGCAAAUGGGUUUAUAAAAUCAAGUAUCGUGCUUCGGGUGUGGUGGAACGGUUCAAGGCUCGGUUGGUGGCCAAAGGGUACAGUCAAAAGGAGGGUGUUGACUAUGUGGAGACUUUUUCUCCUGUUGCUAAACUUACCACUGUGAGAUUGGUUUUGGCUCUUGCUUAA